CCGUAGGUGUAUUUGAUGACCAACACGGAAGCCCAAUGUGAUGCUGCCUUGUUAUCACGUUUAGUUCGAUUCUUUAUCUGAAGUUACUGUUUUCAUAUUGUGUCAUAUCUCCAACAAAGCUCUUGACAUUACAGUGUUACGUGGCAGUCAUACUCGAGUGAAGUAGCCCAGAAAAGGACCAUAACCACUCAUUCACCGUCUUUCCAUGUUCUUUACUUCUGACAUUAGCUGUCUAAGCACUCACACGAGUAGUGAAAGCGAAGGGAUGGCAUGUAGCACAAACUCUGAAAAACGUGUCAAAUUUGUGGUCGUAGGUGGAGGAAUUGCUGGAGUUACUUGCGCUGAACAGCUUGCGUCACAGUUUACAUCGGACAGUGUCGUACUUCUGACAGCCGCACCAUUAGUCAAGACGGUGACGAAUUACAAACGGGUGGCAAAGAUCCUAGAGGAUUUUGAUGUUGAAGAACAGCCUUCCACAGUGCUUGAAGGGAAGUAUCCUAAUCUGAAGGUCAUCCAGUCAGCAGUGAAAACCUUACAAGCCGAAGAGCAUACACUACACACUGAAGAUGAGCGCAGCUUCCACUAUGAGAAACUGUGUCUGUGCAGUGGAGCUAAACCCAAACUCUUGAACCGGAACAAUCCUCACGUUCUGGGCAUACGGGACACUGACAGUGCCCAGGAGUUCCAGAAACGAUUGUCAACAGCCAGACGGAUUGUUGUAGUGGGGAAUGGAGGCAUAGCCCUUGAGCUGGUGUAUGAGGUGGAGGGCUGUGAGGUCAUCUGGGCAGUGAAGGAUGAGGCCAUUGGGAACACCUUCUUUGAUGCAGGGGCUGCUCAGUUUCUCAUCCCCUCACUAGCAUUAGAUAAACCGGAGAGGGCAAUGCCCUGUAAGAGAGCACGCUACACUACUGAACCAGUAGCAGAUGGGGCUGCAGCUGGCAUGAGUGAGGCAACUGUAGAGACGGGCAGCGCUCUGGGCCCAGACUGGCAUGAGGGCAUCAGCCUCAGAGGAGCAGAGAAGGGCUCCCAUAAUGUGACCGUGGAAUACCAGUGUGGAAUAAAGCAGAUCUGCACCCAGCAGGAGAUUCUACAGUCGCCCCCUGGUGGCCCUCAGAGCUCUGAUGCAGGUGACGUCUUCUUUGGGGGCACAUGGCCAGUUUAUGUGCAGCUCACCAAUGGCAAAACCUACGGCUGUGACUUCAUUGUCAGUGCGACAGGGGUGGUUCCCAACACCGAACCAUUUCUCCAUGGAAACAAUUUUGAGCUGGGGGCUGACGGAGGCCUGCUGGUGGAUGAGCACAUGCACACGACUGUGCUGGAUGUGUUUGCUGCAGGGGACGUGUGCAGUGCAGGAUGGGAGCCCAGCCCUCUCUGGCAACAGAUGCGUCUGUGGACCCAGGCUCGGCAAAUGGGCUGGUACGCGGGCCGCUGCAUAGCUGCAGAGGUUCUGGAGGAGCCCAUCGAGUUGGACUUCUGCUUCGAGCUCUUCACCCACAUCACCAAGUUCUUCAACUACAAGGUGGUGCUGCUGGGUAAGUUUAAUGCUCAGGGCUUGGGUCAGGACCAUGAGUUGCUGUUGCGCUGCACUAAAGGACACGAGUAUAUAAAGGUGGUGCUUAGCAAUGGAAGGAUGAUGGGAGCUGUGCUCAUCGGGCAGACGGAGCUGGAGGAGACCUUCGAGAACCUCAUCCUCAACCAGAUGGACCUCUCGGCCUACGGAGAACACUUGCUCGACCCCAACAUUGACAUUGAGGACUACUUUGAUUAACUGCAGUGUGUUUAAGUGCAUAAUGAUGGUUUGGAAAAUCCUGGCUUAAGAAGAAUGUACAGUAAGUAUUUAUGUACAUAAAUAAAUGUAUUUAUGUAUUA